AAUAAACUUUGCAGACUUUAGAAGGAAAACCUGGCCACAGGCCAAAUGAAUUAGAACGAACUCUGAUAUUCAGGAGGCUGUGUGAAAAAUGGCUUAAAUGAAAAUCCAACAUCUGCCCACAGCAGUACACAAACUCAAAUUGAACGUACACAAAUUGCCAAGGACAAGUGAAAUUUAUAAAUUUAUUAUUUAGAUUCUUUAAAUUUGUGUAAGAAAGUUGAGAAACAUGAGUUCGGAUGAGAUUAAAUUAGAGGCUGCCUAUGAGCAAAUGGUAGAGGAGAACAUCAAAAGUGAGUUGGAGAAAACUGGAGCCAUGGCUGUCCUGCGAAGUGAGAUGCACGUUAAGAUCCUUAAGAUAAUGCGGGGUCAGUUGGAAGGAUCCAAAACUCAACCCUUAAUGGGUAGAGCAUCCAGUGCAACCAAACUAUCUCAAGAUCGAAGCCUGAUCAGGUUAAUAAACCAACUGGUUAUGGAGUUCUUUCAUUGGUUUGGCUAUAAGCACACCCUGGAAACAUUUCGCAUGGAAACGGGUGAGACUCUGGCCAAUCGCAGUGAAAUAGAGAAAAGUCUUUCAAUCACACCCGAAUCUAAGGAUCUUCCUCUUUUGGCUCAACUUAUAAUGCGAGAUUGGAUCAAGACAGAUAAAGUUGGUGCCAAAAAGGUGAUUAACCUUCCAGAUCCUGUCAAUUCCAAGCCACAAAAAUGCUGCAAGUUGAAGAAGGAACUAGAAGUUCGACAAACUCAAAAAGAUAACAAACCAAACAAACUAAUCCAAAACAAUCGAAAACUCAUUAGCAAUGAACGGAUGAGGGUACCCAUUACUCCCAAGAAGCCUUCACCACCACCUCGAUCCAUCCAGAAAGAGGAAUCAAAGGUUAUCAUAGAUAGCUCUGAAUCUGAUAUCCUGGAAACAGAUUACAGCGAAGAGGAGUCGGAGGACAGUGAUGCCUAUAAGGAUAUUCCAGAUAGGCAAUUUUUCAUUGAUGAUCUGCCGGCAGAGGGUAAAUAUGCUCCUGGCCAUGGCGAAGAAGGUCCCUAUGAUGCCAAACAAAAUCUGGCAGAGAGUCUAUUCAGGCAAUAUGAGCGGGAAGCUAAUUCCGAUAAUAUUCCAAGUUCCUCCAAGAUAGGAUGUGGUGAUAACGCUUCUGUGGGCGACAAGAAAGAAGGUUCCAAAAAGUCUAAUUGGAAAUCCCCCAGAAGAUUGCAAGUUCAAUGCAAAAGUAGCUCUAAAUCGGAUGAUGAAACGGUGUUGGCUGUCUCCAAACCCAAAUGCCCAGAAACUCACAUAGGCAAAAUCGAUUUGGAAAGCGAUGAUAGCUUUGAUGAUUAUUGAUAUGUUCAGAUUCUUGGUAAAUUUGUAGUCUUGUGCUAGAUUCUUUGACUAUUUCAGACAAUAAACUAUACAUUUUGGAAUAAAAUCAGGAAAUUUCCUAAUUAAGUUUA